GUUCUAUGAACACGGAUCCGGAACACUGUCAUCUAGUUGUCAUCUAGUUGCAAACAUUUUUUACCUCUUCAGGAGAAAAGGAUUGCUCAGAGGUUGAACUUCAACCAACUCUUGAGGGUUUUCAAAUUACUUUCACCUGAGUGAUCCAGAACGGGCAACAGCAUGCCUGUCGUGGAGAGAGAGCCGCCGAAAGCCCGCAGGGAAAGCUAUGUCCUGCCCAAGGUGCCUGUCCCACCCCUGAAGCAGACCCUGGACAUGUACCUGACCAGUAUUAAACACCUGGUGAAGGAGGAACAGUACCAGAAGACUAAAUCCAUUGUGGAGAAGUUUGGAGAACCAGGCGGCACUGGAGAGCUGCUGCAGGAGAAGCUACUGGAGAAGAGCAUCAACACACACAACUGGGUAUAUGACUACUGGCUUGACGAUAUGUAUUUGAAUCAGAGAUUGGCCUUACCAGUCAACUCCAAUCCUGCCAUGGUCUUCCCAAAACAAGACUUUAGAGAUCAUAAAGACUCACUCAAAUUCGCUGCUCACCUCAUCACAGGAGUUCUGGAGUAUAAGAAACAUAUUGACACACGGGCGUUGCCCGUGGACUUUUCUCGGGGCCAGCUGGCUGGGACCCCUCUGUGUAUGAAACAGUACUACCGUCUCUUCAACACAUACCGUCUGCCCGGCCUCAAGAGGGACACCCUCGUCAUCCACGAGACUGGGUCCACCGAGCAGGAGCACAUCAUCGUUGCAUGCAAGAACCAGUUCUUUGUGAUGGACCUAAUGGUAAAGGAGAAAACACUGAGAGAAAUGGACAUCUCAAGCCAACUGGAGAAGAUCGUAAAGAUGGCAGAGAACACGGAGGAGAGACAGCCUCCUUUUGGUCUGUUGCCGUCAGAUGGAAGAACAGAAUGGGCCCAGGCUAGAGACGUGCUCAUUAAAGAUUCAGUUAACAGAGAGUCGUUGGCUGUGAUCGAGAAGUGUCUGUGCGUGGUGUGUCUAGACGACCCCAGUGGGAUGGAGGUUGGCGAUACCAGCCGAGCCCUAAUGAUGCUCCAUGGAGGAGGCCAUGAGAAGAUGGGGGCAAACCGCUGGUAUGACAAGCCAAUGCAGUUUGUUGUAGGGGAGGACGGAGUCUGCGGCACGGUGUGCGAGCAUUCACCCUUCGAGGGAAUAGUUCUCGUGGCGUGUACCGAAUACCUGAUGAAAUUCAUGACAGGAAGUCCCUCCAAGAUAGGGAGGGCCACCAGCGUGUCAGAGCUUCCUGCUCCUCGCAGACUGCUCUGGAAGACCACGCCCCACAUCCAGGGCCUCCUGAAGGCCUCUGCUGAGAGACUGCAGAGGCUGGUUAGAGAUCUGGACAUGGAUGUACACAAGUUUGAGGUCUAUGGAAAAGAAUUCAUCAAGAAGCAGAAGAUGAGCCCAGAUGCGUACAUACAGGUGUCUCUACAACUGGCAUUUUACAGAUGCAAUGGACGGCUGGUGUCCACUUAUGAGAGUGCUUCUAUCCGUCGUUUUCAUGAGGGCCGGGUGGACAACAUCCGCUCAGCGACCCCCGAGACUCUGGCCUUUGUGAAGGCCAUGACGGACGAGAAGACAUCUCUCUCUGAUUCAGAAAAGAUUAAACGAUUGUGGGAUGCGAUUAAUGCCCAGACAAAUUCCACAAUUGCAGCUAUUACAGGGAUGGGAAUAGACAAUCACCUUCUAGGACUCAGAGAGAUCUCACAGGAGAUCCAUAUGGAGAUGCCAGAGAUCUUCACAGAUGAAACCUACGUGGCCAGUAACCAGUUCAUUCUAUCCACCAGUCAGGUCCCCACCACAGUGGAGAUGUUCUGUUGUUACGGCCCGGUGGUUCCUAACGGUUACGGGUGCUGCUACAACCCACAGGCAGACCACCUCCUCUUCAGCGUGACCAGCUUCCACGGCAGCACCGAGACCAGCUCGGCCGUUUUUAUCAAGGCUCUGGACGAGGGCCUCGUAGAGAUGAGGGAUCUGUGCAGGACGAGCAAUAAGCCUCAGAGCAACGCUGCUGCCUCGAAGGCGGUUGAGAAAAGCCAAGGAGCUGGCAGCAAGCCUCCGACCACACCUCAGAAAACAGGGAAAUAAGUCAUACUGAGAUAGGAAUACCUAGGAUAGGAUAAGUAAUCCUUCUCACCCCCCCUCCCCCCUUAAAAGAUUUAGAUGCACUAUUGUAAAGUGGCUGUUCCACUGGAUGUCAUAAGGUGAAUGCACCAAUUUAUAAGUCGCUCUGGAUAAGAGCGUCUGCUAAAUGACUUAAAUGUAAUGUUAAAUGUAUAUCAUUACGGUGUCCGUAUUAGGACAGCCUCAGUAGUCACACUCAACUUCCCACAGAUUACGGUGUCCAUAUUACCACAUCCUCAGGAGUUACACUCAACUUCUGACACGUGUCCAGGUACGUGGUGAAAGUACUGUUAGCUAGUUGUCCCGUGUGUAUAUUUUGGUGUUUGUGCGAUAAAAGUAGAUGUUUCUACGACUUUAUCUCUCGAGUCAAUAUGAAUCGUUAACUAUGUAACAAUGUACAUUAAAACUAAAUAAGGAAGGGAAACACAUAGAUGUAGAAAAUACGAUGUAGACGCUCUCAUUCACCACCGGUACUCUGUGGGAGUCUAGACAGAGCACAGCUCACUGGUCUGGUAAUAGGAAACUAAAGCCAUGCCUGCUAUUUCAGCACUGUAGUGACGGACAGCUCCUCUUACUUACUCCUGAAUGAUCUCAGCGUAUGUAGGCUCAACGUACUGUUAAUUCAGCUUUGUCGAAACAACUCCUAAAUAUAUAUAUAUAUAUACCGGAAUAUAUCGUUAUCAAUAUAUUCAAAUUUAUCGUGCAAACAUUGAUCAUAUUGUAACUAAUGGGAUUCAUGUCCGGACGGCAACCGAACCCAUAGGGAAAGAGAAAAAGUAGGAACUAGGUUUAAUAUCAUCACUACAAUGAUGCUGCCAAAGAGGGAUAUCUAUCUAG